AUGUAAAUUACGGAUGAGCAAAAGAAAAUGAUGGCUAUCACAGGAAUGGCUAUAUUAUUUAUUGUACUCUUAUGUCUUAUUGAUUGGGUGACUGUGAUUUAUUUUGGUUUUCUAGGCCACUUUGUAAUUCAAAAUUCAUUCAUUAAAUUUUAGAUUUUUUUGGUUGGAUUAUAUGUUUUCAUAAAAAAUACGAUAAGAUUAUUUGUAUUUCCAGGCUCAUAUUGGUUAUGGAGAAGAAAUGUUGAAAACAGAUAUGCAAAGGCUUUGGCAAAAAGAGCCAAUAAAAGGAUGGAAGAUUUAUAAAAUUUGAUAAGAAAAUUACUGUAGAUACCUGAUACUAAAGAAAUUUAUGUUGAAGAUUUAGUGCCAAUUAAAAAAACCUUGUAAUCAUUUUUAAACACUUUUUCUUCAUUAAACUAUAGAAAAGAAUUGAAUGAGUAAUAAAAAUAUCUCUUCGGGUUAUGUCAAUAAUUGGAAUAGAGCUUGAAGGAUUUUCUAAUCGAAACUAAGUCUCUUUAUGAUCAAUUGGAUAAUCCAUAAGAUAUCAUCAAUUAUUGUAAACAAAAUGUUAAAAUUGAAUCUGAACUGUGUUCUAAUUUACUUAUAAUAUUGGAUAGCUUAAUAGAUCAAUUAUAAGAUAUAUAUGUGCCUAAGAACUUUCUCUUGGAAGCAGAAAGAUGGAUCUUUAACAAGACCCUUGGAACAGUAGAUUAAAUGAGAGUUGAAUUAGAAAAUACUUUUAAGACCAGAAGAUUUAAAGUGCAAGGGUAUGAUGGAAAAAUGAUUGAUUGUCUAUAUAUAUAUGCAAGCGAAGAUGAUGCUGAUAAUGAUCGAGCAGUCAUAUUUUGUUAGCCAAAUGCUGGAUAUUAUGAAUAUAUGUAUUAUGAAUCAGAAUGGAUUGAUUAUUACUUGAAACGUAGAAUAAACAUGUUUUUAUGGAAUUAUAGAGGUUAUUGUGAAAGUUAAGGAUUGCCAAAUACAAAGGAUAUAAUGAAGGAUGCAGAAUCCAUCUGUGAUUAUGUAACAACUCAAUUAAAGGUGACUUAAUUGAUAUUUCAUGGUGAAUCCCUAGGAGGAAUGGUCGCAUGUCAUUUGGGCAGAGUCAGACAAUGUAACUUACUAUUUGCAGACAGAACCUUUUCAAGUAUCAGCAAAAUAGCCCAAGUUGGAUUUUCUAAAUAUGCCAGUUUUUUCUUUAAAUUGCUAACAUCAUGGGAUUAUAAUUCUGCCAAAUCCUAUGUUGAAUGCCAAAGCUAUAAGAUUCUAGCCUUAGAUUAGAAGGAUGAAGUCAUUCCAUUUCUUUCAUCACUAAAAGUUGAUGUCACAAAAUAAAUAUUCCUGAGAGAAUUUGGAGGGUAAUAUUAAGGUGAUGAAAAUUUUAAAUAAAGUGACCAGAGAACUACAUUUUUCCAAAAACUCUUAAGAUUUAUACCUUGGAUUCCAACAUCAGAGAGUACUGUCUUCUAUGAUAUUUGGUAUUCUUAGUUAUUAAAUAAGCAAGAAAUGCUUACGUUUUUUGAAGCAAAUAAAAGAAUACAAUUCAUUAUGAAAGAUUUAUAAACUGAAAAAAGCAAAAAGACUUUAGAUGAUUCUUACUCAUCUUAUUUAAAUGAGUCGUAAGAAAUUGAAAAGCAAUAUUCUUAGAAUUAAAAUUCAACUGUUGACAUAGAUGAGGUUACUUAAUUGGCAGGACCUUACACACUUUCUGAAAAAGAAAAGUCUAAUGAAAGUCUUCUCAAAUUUGUAAAUAAAGUCUAUGAAUGUUUUGAAUCCUUUGAAACUGCCUCUAUGACUUUAAAUGAUGUCUUUUCAUCCUUCAGAGAAUCACAACAAUACGAUGUCUUCCUAGAUUACCUAUUGAGUAUUUUCUUGUGGGGAUCCUAUCUUCCUCUAAAAAACAUUCCCAAAAAAAAAAUGAACACAGUAGUUUGUCAAAAGUUAGCUUUUGCAAGAUUUACUUCCAACAUCAAUAAAAUUGAAACUUUGAUUAAGAAUGAAAAGAAUAAUUUAGAUUCUCCAAAUGGAACUAGAUUAAUUUAAGAUUUGGAAUUAAUCAUUUAAAGACUUAAAUUGAUAAGAGAAAACUUUAAAAAAACCUUGAAGAAUUAACUUUAACAUCCAUCCCAUUAAUCAGUUCAAAUUGAAUCGAAAGAUUCAGAAGAGAGAAAGUCAACUUCAAAAAUUCAUGAAUCAUUAAAAGGUUAUUUAGGGUCAUUCAUUCCAUUGGGAUGCGGUCAUAAUGGAAAUCUGAAUUAAACAGAAGUAGAAGUUCUUGACUUUCAUAUGUUAUAAGCUGGAGUUGUAAAAUAUUGA